AUGAGUGCUAUGAUAGUUCCAAGAAGACGGUCGCUUAUAUUUAGAUUACUGCUUUUGAUAUCAGCAGUUUGGUUAUGUGCUAUAAUGUAUUUUUCCAUUUCUACAAAAGUAUCAGACAAGGUCUCUUCUGUGAGGCAUCCUAGAGUUGAAUUACCAAAAAUACAUAAAUUAGAAGGGUUCGGUCCUCCUGUGGUAAUGAAACCUGCCAUUGAUGUCGAGGAGAAAUUUCCCGAUGAAGAUUUCGAUGUGAGGAUUGAAAAGGGGAAUAUUCCUAAGCCAAACAAAGCUCUAUUCAAUCCAGAUUCUCCAAUCUACAAAUCGGGUGAUGAAAACCAGCCGGGUGAAGGUGGGAAGGCAGUAGUAAUCGAUAGAAAUAAACUGAGUCUAGAUGAAAGAAAAAUUUAUGAUGACGGAUUCACCAAGAAUGCUUUUAAUCAAUACAUCUCAGAUAUGAUUUCGAUACACAGGAGUCUGCCUAGCUAUAUUGACGAAGAAUGUAAAAACGAAAAAUACACAAGCGACCUUCCAAACACCUCGGUUAUUAUAUGUUUUCAUAACGAAGCUUGGUCAGUUUUACUCCGAACUGUACAUAGUGUACUUGAAAGGACACCGGAAAACUUACUUGCUGAACUUAUCUUGGUUGAUGAUUUUUCGGACAUGGCACACCUCAAGGCAGAUUUGGAAAUUUAUAUGCGGCAAUUUUCGAAAGUUCGUAUUUUGCGCCUGGAAAAGCGCGAAGGUUUAAUAAGAGCUCGCAUAAGAGGAGCUGCUAUUUCAAAAGGCUCUGUGAUCACAUAUCUCGAUUCUCAUUGCGAAUGUUUGGAAGGUUGGGUAGAACCUCUUUUGGACCGAAUCAAAAGGAAUCCGAAAACAGUGGUAUGCCCUGUUAUUGAUGUGAUUGAUGAUAAUACCUUUGAGUACCACUACUCGAAGGCUUACUUCACGAAUGUGGGUGGUUUCGAUUGGUCAUUACAGUUUAAUUGGCAUGCCAUUCCUGAGAAGGACCGUAAAGGUAGAAGGGACAUUGAUCCCGUCAAGUCUCCAACUAUGGCCGGUGGCCUUUUUUCCAUCGACCGUACUUUUUUUGAAGAAUUAGGUUCAUAUGACCCUGGUCUCGAUAUUUGGGGUGGGGAAAAUUUGGAACUUUCAUUCAAAAUAUGGAUGUGUGGUGGAAUACUAGAAAUUGUUCCAUGUAGUCAUGUUGGUCAUAUAUUUCGCAAACGAUCACCUUAUAAAUGGCGUUCUGGUGUGAAUGUUUUGAAGAGAAAUUCUGUUCGGUUAGCUGAGGUAUGGAUGGACGAAUACAAGAAGUACUACUACGAAAGAAUUAAUAACAACCUGGGUGAUUUUGGUGAUGUAAGCAGCAGGAAGGCACUACGUAAGAAACUACAAUGCAAAUCUUUCAAGUGGUAUUUGGAUAAUGUGUAUCCAGAAUUAUUUGUUCCAGGAGAUGCCAUUGGAAAGGGAGAGAUUCGUAAUAAAGGCGAAGUGGCAGGGGAUGUUGUCCAACACUGCCUGGAUAGUGAGGUGGGCGAAGAUAUUCAAAAAGUCGUGAUUGCGUAUCCAUGUCACAAAAGUGGUGGUAACCAGUAUUGGAUGCUAAGUAAGGAUGGUGAAAUACGGAGAGAUGAGUCAUGUAUUGACUAUGCUGGUGCCGAUGUUAUGGUUUAUCCUUGUCAUGGAAUGAAAGGUAAUCAAGAAUGGAAAUAUCUUCCUGAUGAAAGUCAAAUUCUUCAUGUCAUUACGAGCAAAUGUUUGGAAAUGUCGAGAGAUGGUAGCAAAUUAAUGAUGAAUGUUUGUGAUCAAGCAAAUCCAUAUCAGCAUUGGUUGAUUCAAGAAUUCAAUCGAACAUUAGCUAGACAGUACAAAUUAUUGUAA